ACGCGGUCAGCAGCAGAGCUUCACUUUGAAUCAGUCCUUUCCACUCUCCUCUCUCUCCUCUCCGCUCAUUUGAAGCUGGCGCAGGAGGAUGCUGCUAGGCGCCUUUCACCGCACAAAAUGAAUCCCCUUAUGCUUGGAAAUAUGCAACCAAUGCGUGGACGAUGAAAAAGAAAGUUAAAUGGCUUCGAGGAAGGAUGUAGAUUGCAGCUUCUGCAAAUAUGUAAUCGCGCGCAGGGGCGUCGAGUCGAGGACGGCAGCGGGGAGUCUGUGCUUCACUGACCGGCGGAUCAUGAUCCAGAGCAGAAGAAAUUCAACAAUUCAUUUUACCUGCAUUUAUGGAUGUUUUUGCUCAUGCUUCCAUUAUCUCUUCAUUUGGCUCUUCCACCCACCACUACUACCCUCAGCAUCUACUGCACCUCAGUGACAGUUUUCUUCAUUGUCAUUAAGAUGGGAGAGGAAAGAUAACUUUACCAGCUGUAACAGUGGCAUGAACAUGGAGGAUGUGGAUUGUGCUGGUUCCUCCUUAAGUCAGAAUCAUAACUCCGCCACAUCCCAGAGCCGAAGCCUUUUUCACGGCCGCCAAAGCAGCUCCCAGUCCAGACACCACGGACUCACCGGGAGUAUCGCAGUCGCCCAGUGCAACCUCAGGGCCAAUGGCCCCCUGUCACCAGCUGAUCGAGUCCCAUCCUGGACAGCCAGCACGGCUCCAACAGCCAGCUGUCCUUCAACACCUCCUCCAUUGCCUCCGUCUUUUCCCAGGUGCCUCGUUUAUCCACAACAGGGCCUCUGGCUCUGGCUCUGGCUCCAGCCAGGCGUCUUCCUCCAGCUCCACACUGAGUCUGCUGUUGGCAAGCGGAGCUGCUCCAGCGGCUUGGUCAUCUCGGGCCUCUCUGCAGCUGAGAGGGGGAACACCAGAGAUACGCAGUCCUCAAGUUCUGACAACAUCGUCCUAGGCCCGUCCUGUCACUCGAGUCAUGCUAUGCAGAAGUGGACAUCAGAGGCGUAUGAGAGCAUAGAUGCUCCACCAUUGCCACAGAACCCAAGGGUCCACAGCUCAGACAAGUGCCAAGACGACAUGAGACCACAACAGCCCAGCAUGGUCCAACUCCUAAGCCCUCAAGUCAUGUACAUUACAGAUGUAUUUUUGAAAAACUAAAAAUCUGCCAUGAGUACAAAUGAACUGAUUUGCUGAAAUCAAAACAGGGACGAUAGUAAGUGAGCCCCAGCCAAUGAGACUGCCGUUUGCGCAUAAGUUCUGCCCACUUGGCACAUGAGAGGAAGCGUGAGGUGUGCGCCUUCACACAAGAGACUUAGGUCUCUGCAGAGCAAAAGUGGGCGUUUAUCACCAUGUGGGUGUUUUCAAACUGCUGGGUGUUUCUGAAUCAUGCAAUCUAAAUGAUCCCCCUUACCCAACCCCACCCCUAAACUUAACAUCACUAUUACAUCAACCAAUCAGGUCUCAUGGUGUAAAAACACCUUGAUCUAAUAACUCCCAUUACUUUCCUGCAGAGACCUAUACUUGGAGUUUAAGGUACGCUAAUAAUGCAUUCUCGACAUUUGUCAGUAAAAUAAUGUCAUAGAUACACAAACACAAACAAAUCGUUUGACAGAGAGUGAAACUCUGAAGUGCUCAGUCAGAGAGUGUUUGGCAAGUGAUAAUAUAUCUGUUCUAAACCUUUACUUAGCCUCCAACUCAAACACUGGCGAGUAAAUUCUGAGAAUUUAUUAGCCACUGGCUUAUAUUAGACAUCAUUCAAUCGCAUAUACGAGUGAUUUACUCACAAUGUAGAGGGUUGGCAAAAGCUUGUUACUAUCUCUGAGAUUAAAUGGUGGAAUCUGAUGGCUACAAGUAUUUACAUUUGCACUUUGAUUGCGUGCACUUCAUGAACACCAUCACUGACAGCACUGAUUAUUUUUAUACUGUUGCCUAAGUAAUGUAAGAUCACAUAACUAAAGAAAGUGUCAGGGAUGUUACACAGUACUUUACUUGCACAGUGCUGUUUUGAAACAUGUUAUGAUCCAGACGUGUCAUUGGUAUAUAUUAACAUACAAGCA